AUGAAUAGGUCAAAGACAGCUUGUGUCAGGUGUAAGAAACGUAAAACUAAAUGUUCAGGAACGAUACCUUGUCAAGGAUGUGUUUUAUCGAAGAGUGAAUGUAUAUAUCCUCGAAAACCCAGAAAAAUACAGGUUUUUGAUACCGAAGUUGAGGCUCUACAACGAGAGAUAGCAUUAUUAAAGAACCAAUUACGAUUAGAAUCAAGAGAUGGUGAUCCUCAAAGGAUAAAAGUUGAAAUGGGAGGUAUGGAUAAUAGUAUGGAUAAUCUCGGACUGUUAGAUAGCAGGUCGAGUUUGGAUAGAUCUAAUGUUAUGGAUAAUAAUGAUAGAGCAGGCGGAGAAAGUGGUAACGAAGACGACGUUAAAUUCACCAUUAAGUUAGGCUCUCCAGCAUCUGAAGUUAUAUGUUGGAAUUUGACACAGUUUAUAACCACCAAUCAGACGGAAUUCACUAUAUCUCCGGAUUUUAAUUCUUUUAUUGAAGAGAAAGUUUAUGAUACUAUAAUUUUCGGUAGUGAUACCCGAACCAAUUUCCAAGAUGUAGGAGAGAUAAACAGUUUAUUGAGUCAACUAUCAUUAGACGAAGCGGAAAAUUACCUUAAUACGGUGGAGAUUUUCAUCAAUGUUGGAUACUUGACCAUUUAUCCCGAAGAUUUCAAACAUGAAUUAAGAACUUAUUAUACUGAUCAAACAUUUAAUCAGAUUCAGCCUUCAAGUACUAUCAAUUACUUUAUUUUGAAACUAUUAGUGAUAAUUUCCAUUGGACAAAUGUAUGAAUCAAGUACACUUCUUGGAUCUUCAAGUUUCUUCCAAGAACCUCCUGGAAUCAAAUAUUUCAAAAGAGUCAUUAAGUACUUACCCACCAGUUAUGAACUUAUUAACUUCAAUAAUGGUAAUAUUGAUGACAUUCUUAAUAUCAUUGAAUUAUUCGGAUUAAUAUCGAUUUAUCUUCGUUUUAUGGAUAAGAAAAAUGCUUCCGUAUUCUUCACUUUAAAUGCUUUACAAUUAUGUAUUUCAUUGAACUUACACAAGGAUUUGAUCUUAAGGAAGAAAGAACUUAAUCAGAAGGAAAGAUUGUUCAAUAAUUAUAACGAAUACAACAAUAGGAUCUUUUGGUCCAUUUACUGUUUGAACAGAUUCUUCAGUGGGAGAAUAGGACAACCAUUAUUAUUGACGUUCAAUAACAUUAAUAUUGAGACAAAAUUCCCUACUAAAGACAAAAACUUCAAGUAUUUCAUAGAGUUGGCUAAGAUAAGUGAGAUGAUCAAUAUCAAUAUUUAUAACAAUAACAAUUUGAACAAUAAGAAUCUUCUUAAUAUUAUGUUUGAUAAUUUGAAAUCAUUGAAGCAUUGGGUUAAUAAUCUACCUGAAGACUUACAAUUAAAUAUCACCACUAAUUCCAAAAAUCAAAAUGAUAGACUUUUAAGUUCCCUUCAUUGUAAUUACUUGCAUCAAAUUUAUCUUAAUUGUAUUCCUAUAAUCCUUAAUUUCAGUAAGAUAGCUAUCAAUAACUUCAAACAACAUAAUGCAACUAACUUCAAAAUUGAAAAGAUCUCCUAUAACAUUUUGAAUUUACUUAACUAUACUAUUCAAAGUUGUGAACUUACAGUUCAUAUUUACUUGAAAUUGAAUGAAAAAUUGCUUCUCCGAUGUUUUGGAUUUACUGAUAUUGAUUAUAUUUAUGCCAAUUCUUUAAUUUUUAUUAUCUUCAUCAUCUUAGAUAUAAAUUCAUUACCAGAGACUCACAAUGAAAAUGAUAAAGCCAGAGAAAAUGAAAUAAACUUCAACUUUAUCAGUUACUUAGAAAUAUGUUUGAAAUUACUUAAAAUCAUGUCCAAUAUGGGUAACUUGAUAGCUAACGCUAAAUUGAAUCAAGUACUUAAACUUAUUAAAUACCUUCACAAUAUUGGAUUUAAUCAGUUCCCCUUGGAUUUAUCGAAUUUAUUUCUUCCUUCAUUAUCAGAUUUCAUGAAAAUGAACUCCAAACAGUUUUUCGAUGAUUUGAAUUUCUCCAACGAUUAUAUUGGUAUAGACUAUUUACAAUUCAGUAAUGAUGAUUUAUAUUUCAUCAAUGAGAUAUUGAAUCAAGAUAUUUUCAAUUAG